AUGCAUCUCUCUACUUUGGCCCUUCCCCUGUUGGCGGCUUCGCUGCCCGGCGCCAACGCCCAACUCAACAAGCUCGCCAAAAAGGCCGGCCUCAAGUACUUCGGUGCCGCCACCGACAGCCCCGGCCAGCGUGAGCGCGCCGGCUUCGAGGCUGCCUACGACCAGUAUGAUGCCAUCCUCGACGACAUUGACGAGUUCGGCCAGACCACUCCUACCAAUGGCCAGAAGUGGCUCUUCGUCGAACCCGAACAGGGCGUCUUCAACUUCACCGAAGGCGACAUCACCGCCAACAUCGCCAAGGAAAACGGCCAGCUCCUCCGCUGCCACACUCUCGUCUGGCACAGCCAGCUCGCCCCGUGGGUCGAGGAGACCGAGUGGACCGCCGAGGAACUCCGCGAGAUCAUUGUGAACCACAUCACCGAGGUUGCCGGCCAUUACAAGGGCCAAUGCUAUGCCUGGGAUGUCGUCAAUGAGGCCCUCAACGAGGACGGAACCUACCGCGAGUCCAUCUUCUACAAUACUCUCGGCGAGGAUUAUAUUAAGCUCGCUUUCCAGGUCGCUUCCGAGGUCGAUCCAGACGCGAAGCUCUAUUACAAUGAUUACAACCUCGAGUCCGUCGGUCCCAAGUCUGAGGCCGCUGUCCGGAUUGUGAAGAUGCUCCAGGAUGAGGGGAUUAAGAUUGAUGGUGUUGGCAUGCAGGCUCACCUUAUUGCCCACCAGGCCCCGGAUCUCAAGGCCCAACUUGCCGUCAUCGACUCUUAUGCCGCUACUGGUGUGGAGGUCGCUUACACGGAGCUCGACGUUCGGUUGCAGACUCCCGCCAACGAGACUAACCUCGAGUGGCAGGCCAAGGUCUACAGCGAUUCCGUCGCUGCCUGCGUCCAGUCCGAGGCCUGUGUCGGCCUAACCCUCUGGGACUUUUACGAUCCCUUCAGCUGGGUCCCCUUCGUCUUCGAGGGCGAAGGCGCCGCCCUCCUCUGGUUCGAGGACUUCGAGAAGCACCCCGCCUACGACUCCAUCGUCGACGUGCUCAAGAAGGCCGCAUCCCCCGGCGGCGGCAGCUGCAAACCCAAGAAGAAGGCCAGGAGGAAUAACUAG